GUCCGCCGUCGGCUCAACAGAUCUGAAGCAACACACGUCACACCAAUCACCAGUUUACCAGAUCUGAAACAACUUUUCGAAUUGCCGCUCACCUAGCCCCAAAUCCCAAAUCCCAAACCCAAACCCUCCACCGGCCACCGGGUACGCUCCCCCUCCGCUGUGCCCCCGCAUCUGCCGCACCAGCCCCGGAACCCCAAUCGAUGGAGGCCACCUCCGGCGGCGACGAGUGGGAGAUCGAAAACGACGAAGGCUUCGUCUACAAGCGCCCCCGCGUCCUCUACCCCGUCGGCGGCGAAGACGCAGGCGCGGCGGCGGCGUCCUCCACGCCGGCCUCGACCGCCAAGUCCAUCCGCCUCCAGCGCCGCCGCCGAGCGCUGCUCCGCCUUCGAGACAAGUACCUCGCCGAGCUCUCCCAGUGGGAAUCCCUCUCCUCCGAUCUCGUCCCGGUCCCCACCCCCUCCGCAGCUCCCUCCGUUGCUCCGUCCGCUACUCCUCUUCCUGUCACCGCCUCAGUCGCUACCAUCUCCGCCGACCACACCGUCCUCGACGACCUCAUCGCGGAGGCGGAGGUGCAGGGGGAGAUAUUCAAGAAGGCGUCAGAAAUGUGCGAUGAGAUUACCGAGUUUUGCAACGAGUAUGAGGCAGCCAUCGUGGAUGCCGUCACCACGCUGCCGGCAUGGGGCAAUCCGCGGGAGCUAAUGAAGUCCUUGUGUAGUCAAGAUGAGCAGGCCACAGUGCUGCCAGCACGGGGAGAUCCGCGGGAGCUUAUGAACCUACUGUCUAGUCCAGCUGAGCAGACUGCCCCUGGUAUCAAUUGAGAAAACUCUAUUGGCUGACUUCUGUACUUACCUAGAUAGUUUACUUGUUGUGGUUGAGAAUUGCAGUUUGAUUUGAGGCAGAAUUGAGGCUCAAUAGCUUUGAUGUGCUUGUAGGAUGGGCAGAGAUUUCAUCUUGAUGUGGGGGGCAGGGGGAAUCAGCAUUCUGUAACUAAAUUAGUGUAUGUUGAGCUGAAAUAUGUUAAGUGUAUUUCUUUAUAGGUGUUGUCUUAAGUAUUGGAGUUGUAGUUAUCUAUGGAAGUGAUUUGUGGGGGAUUCACAAUUUUGCACAACUUAACUAUUUCUUGUCUUCCAAACUGGAUUGAUUAUGUUGGAAUUCAGCACAUAUUGGCACAGUUUUCGCUGUUA